CUGCCCAUUGGACUGAAACAAUCAGGCUGUCUUCAUAGCUUAUGGAUUGUAAAUUCUUUCCGGAGCAGCUGUUUGAGUAAUUUGAUGUACCUUGUGAACCUGACGGAGCUAGCAAUGAUUCCCCAUCAGUUAAACUUCAGUCUAUUGAAACAUCUGGCUUCAUUAUCCCUGAGAGAUCUCCAUAUUGUGGCCAACGCUCAAACCCGAGGCUUCUACAAUGAGGCAAUCAGUGACGCACAGUGGGGCGAAAUCAGGAAACAUGGACCCAAACUCCGAGUUCAUUGUUUCUUAGCAACAUCCAAUGAAUGGACAGAAAAAGAGGUUUUCUUGAAGCCUAGCAUGCCUCUGGCCUCCCUUGUGUAUCGGAAAAAUGUCUGGAUUAAAUAUCUAGAAUCAGUGUGCACACUUAUGACAUAUCACUCUGAUACAUUGACGACUUUUGUGGACUUCAGCCUCUGUCAGCAGCCCUAUAAUUACCCUGUCCCUCACAGUUAUAUGGACCGUGUGGACUGCCAUAUUAUAAGACUGGCUCGGCUCUGUCCACGACUCCGGACGGUGACCAUUAAGGAGACCUUGUCCAGCGCAGCUAUCCUUCUUAUGGUGUACCUAAAUAAAAACCUGACAGAUUUCCUUGUCCGUCGUGAUAUGAUAUUGUAUGUUAACGACCUGCCAGAGGAUUUAGAAACAGACUUUAUAAUUAAACGUUUUAUUGCUGAUAAUUAUGAGCGAGAUAAUUUUGAAAAUGCUAUAUCUUCAUUAUUAGGAACAGAAUGGCACAUUCUAGAGGUGUCAGAAUUUUAUGAAAUAAUUGAUUUUAGAUAUUCUAAAUUUUCAUAAAACUGUUUGUUAUUUAAAAGUUUAUAUGUUGAAUGAUUUUUGCAAUUAAGAAUUUUGGUUUAAUUUUUGUCUUGA